CAUCAGUCGAUCAAUUAAAGCGAAUUCGCGUAAUACGUGACAAAUUCCUGCUAGUUUUGUUUGGAUGCUUGGUGCAUUAUUUUGUCGAAUUGUGGUCAGAACGUUCGUCAUAAAUGGAUGCACAGAAUCUUCCGUAUGUGGCCGAGUACGCCAAAAGUAGUCGUGCCUCAUGCAAGCUGUGUAAGACCAAAAUCAAUAAAGAUGUACUCCGGCUCGGUGCGAUGGUCCAGUCGGCCUUCCACGAUGGCAAGCAGGCCCAGUGGUAUCAUGAUAAGUGCUUCUUCCAGAAGCUCCGGCCGACCACCGAGGGUGACAUUGCCCAUUUCGAGGGGCUGCGCUAUGAGGAUCAGCAGAAGCUGCGGGAAAAAAUCGCUGCUCUGGGAUCUGUGGUGCUGCCCUCGACUUCCGGAAAAGGUAAGGGUAAGGGCAAGAAGCGUACAGCCGAGCAGAGUAUGGCACUGAAGGACUUCUGUGUAGAGUACGCCUCUUCUGGUCGGGCCACUUGUCGUGGGUGUGAGAUCAAAAUCCUGAAGGAUGAGGUUCGAAUCAAAAAAGUGGACUAUACAACCGAGGUUGGAAUGAAGUACGGUGGUCAGGCGAUGUGGCAUCAUGCGGAGUGUUUCGCGAAGUUGCGUUCUGAGUUGGGCUAUUUCGAGAAAGGUGAGGUACUACCUGGAUUUAGCUCCCUUAAGAAGGAAGACCAGGCGAAGGUUAAGCAAUUGCUUCCGGCGAUCAAGCAGGAGGAAGUGCCGGAGAAGAAAGUCAAGUCCGAGCCGAAGGAUGAAGCCGAUUCGGCCCAGGAGGCAAUCGAUGAGAAGCUGUACGCUCAACAGCAGAAAGCAUUCUUCAAAAUCCGUGACAAGAUCAAGGUUCUGGAGAUGAAGAAACAUGAUCUGAUCAGUAUGUUGAGUCGUAAUGGUCAAGCUAUUCCGGAAGGAUACGACGCCUGUCUGGAGCGCGUCUGUGACAUUUUGACCUUUGGGGCGCUUAAGCCAUGUCCGAAAUGUAAAGGACAAUAUGUUCUGCAAAAGUCUGCUUACAUGUGCGAAGGCAAUCUUACCGAGUGGGUUAAAUGCUUGAAUACGGAUCAGAAGCCUCCACGAGUUCCAACAAAGGUACCAUCCGAAAUCAAAAAAGCAUUCUCAUUCUUGGAUAAAUACAAGUCGGUCGUGAGUGACAGGGUCAUCAAGUACGUUCCACCUAGUCUUAGUACUAGCAUGAAAAAGGUGAAGAAAGAGGAGACACUGGAACCGAAAAUCAAGCGCGAAAAGCCUCCGCUUUAUGAGCUACAGUUUGUUAUCCUUGGCAAGACGGCGACUCCCAAGGACAAGCUCAAGGAGAAAAUCCAAAGGCUAGGUGGUAAAGUUAGCACCAAGAUUACCAAUACAACGGCUGCUAUCAUUUCCACUCCGGAUGAAGUUGAAAAGUUGGGUAGUCGUAUGCAGGAGGCCAAGGAUCUGCAGAUUCAGGUGGUCCCGGAAGAUUUCCUGGAAGAUGCAAAGGGUGGCGGUGCACUGUCAUACAUUACUAGCAAAUCGAUCUGUGAUUGGGGUUCGGAUCCGCACACUCGAAUCCCACAGGACGAGGAGAAGUCCAAAUCGAAGAAGAGCAUCUACACGAAAUCAGUGCCAUCAAAGAUAACACUCAAGCUGAAGGGUGGCUUGGCUGUUGACCCCGAUUCCGGCCUGGAUGAUGUGGCUCACGUGUACAAGAAACACAAGGAGGUGUAUAACAGUGUGCUGAAUAAGGUGGACAUCCAGGCGGAUAAGAACUCGUACUUCAAAAUGCAGGUUCUAGUUGCUGACAAGGGUAACAAAUUCUGGUUCUUCCGCUCGUGGGGACGCAUUGGUACGACUAUUGGUGGAAACAAGGUGGAAAGCUGCAGCACAUUGUUGGAUGCGAUGGGCUUGUUUGAGCAUCACUUCCAAGAAAAAAGCGGCAACAGCUGGGACGAAUACCGCCAUGGGGUGUUUCGCAAGCACUCCGGAAUGUACUAUCCGGUGGAUAUUGAUUACGGUGAUGAGGAGACGAAGACACUCGUCGAGAAUAACGACAUCAAAUCCAAGCUGGAACCAGCGGUACAAGAUUUGGUGCGAAUGUUGUUCGAUGUGGAUGCUAUGAAGAAGGUGAUGUUGGAAUUUGAGCUGGACAUGGAGAAGAUGCCGCUGGGAAAACUCUCCCAAAAGCAGUUGCAAUCGGCAAUGAAGGUCUUGACGGAAAUUUCAAAUUUGAUCGUUAACGGUGGUAGCAAUCCGCAGUUUAUUGAUGCUUCUAAUCGGUUCUACACUCUGAUUCCGCACAGCUUUGGUGUCGAAACUCCGCCGGUUUUGGAUACGGUUGAGCAAAUCACCGAAAAGCAAGCAAUGCUGGACAGCUUGACGGAGAUUGAAAUUGCUUACAGUUUAAUGAAUGCCAACACGGAUGUUGAGAAGAACCCGUUGGAUGGCCACUACGAACAGCUCAAGACGGACAUGGAAACACUCAAGCGCGAUUCGGAAGAGUUUAAAAUCCUGGAACGGUAUGUCAAGAACACUCAUGCAGAGACGCAUACGGCCUAUGAGCUGGAAAUCGGUGAAAUCUUCAAAAUCAAACGCAAGGGCGAAGACCGACGGUACAAACCGUUUAAAAAACUGCAUAACCGCAAGCUUUUGUGGCACGGUUCGCGCCUUACCAAUUUUGUGGGUAUCCUGUCUCAUGGUUUGAAGAUUGCUCCUCCGGAAGCACCAGUCACAGGUUAUAUGUUCGGCAAGGGUAUCUACUUUGCUGAUAUGGUUUCCAAGUCGGCCAACUACUGUUGCACUAGUCCAUCGAACUCGACCGGUCUUAUGAUGUUGUGUGAAGUCGCUCUGGGAGACAUGCUCGAGUAUAAUCAGGCCCACUACGUUACCAAGCUGCCUGCAGAUAAGCACAGCACAAAAGGUGUCGGACGCACUCAACCGAAUCCAAAGGAAGCCCACGUACGUCCGGACGGUGUAGAGAUCCCACUGGGGAAGGGCAUCGUGCAGGAUAAAAAGUUGAUGACAUCGCUUCUGUACAACGAAUACAUUGUAUACGAGGUGGCCCAAGUCCAGUGCCAGUAUCUGUUCAAGAUGAACUUCAAAUACAAGUAUUAAGCGACCGAGGCAGGUAAGUCAUUCUCGAACAAAUAAUACCCAAUACCAUGUCAACUAUAAUACCUCAGAAGUACAAUAACAACUGUUAGCAUAACAGCUAA